AUGGAACUGCUGUGUGUGGAAGGGGUGAUCCGGGCCAAGCGGGAUCCGCAGCUAUUAAGGGACCGGCGGGUCCUGCAGAAUCUGCUCAGCCAGGAAGAGCGCUGCUGCCUUCGCGUUUCCUACUUCCAGUGCGUGCAGAAGGAGAUCCAGCCGUACAUGCGGAAGAUGUUGGCGUUCUGGAUGUUGGAGGUUUGUGAGGAGCAAAAAUGUGAAGAAGAGGUGUUUCCUUUGGCCAUGAAUUAUGUGGAUCGCUACUUGUCCUGUGUCCCCACCCGCAAAAACCACUUGCAACUUCUGGGGGCUGUCUGCAUGCUUUUGGCUUCCAAGUUACGAGAGACCAUGCCUUUAAGUGUACAGAAACUCUGCAUUUACACAGACAAUUCCAUCACACCAUGUGAAGUUUUGGACUGGGAAUAUUUGGUCUUAGAGAAGCUGAAAUGGGACCUGGUGAUGGUAAUAGCAAACGACUUCCUGGAUCACAUUCUUCAUCGGCUGUCGCUUCCUCAGCAUAAGGUGCAUUUGGUAAAGAAACACGCCCAGACCUUCAUUGCAUUGUGCGCCACAGAGUACACCUUUGCUAUGUAUCCACCAUCCAUGAUUGCUACAGGUUGCAUUGGAGCAGCAGUCCAUGGCCUCACUACCUCAUCUGACCAUUUUUCUGGCGAGGCACUUACUGAGCUGCUUGCUAGCAUUACUGGCACAGAGGUGGACUGCUUGAAAGCUUGCCAGGAGCAGAUUGAAGCUGCCUUAGCUGAUAACCUGAAACGAAUAUCUCAACCUCAGCAAGAAUAUAGCCCCUCCAAGAAUGCAACUUACCUGGAGAGCCAGGAAGUCAGCUUGACCAGCACACCCACGGAUGUCACAGACGUCAACCUGUAACAAGUCCUCUUGGUGACCACCACCCAGUUCUCAGAGUGAAAAGGGCCCCUGGAACAUUCUGCCAUCACUCAUUAACUGAGGGAAUUUCCCCACUAGAUACCAUAUUUCUAAUAAGACUGGGUUGUAGUGGACUUGGGUGGGACUCUUGCAGUAGGACCGUUUGCGUUGCUAGCCUGGGUUUCCAAGGAUCAGGAGAGCCUUCUGGGGUAAUUGAACCAAACUUAGACUUGGGAAGGAUGAGUGAGCAUAGCAUCAGUUCAAAACAUUCAUCAGUUUGGGUCGCUUGAUUGGUGGGGCACUGCUGAUAUACUGCUACUUUAUCUCAAUCUUCGCCACAUGCCUAUUGCAUGUGAGUCAAGGGAGAGAAUGCACUUUUCAUUGCCUGAAUCACCUUCACCUUCCAUAACGACUUGUCGACGUUCACCUGAAACUUCCUUGGCUAAAGCUGUUUUGCUCAGGCUGCCAUUGGUAGGCAUUAUAAGAGCCCAAACAAUAUAGAGUAUAGCACUGGAAUCCCUUUCCAGCUUCACUCAGUGCCAAGGAUGUCUUAAUUCUUUGAACAUCUAGAGUAGCACGAUCCUUGAGCCCUUCAUUUGAGAAUGAGUGGGGGGUGUGCUUGCUUUUUGUAGGUGCUUAUAAAGGUGCUGCUUGCCAUAGUAAAAAUGUGGGGAGGCCUGAAGGGUUAAAUUUUACUUGCACCUGGUUGCCUUUGCUUAUUCUUGUGAGAUCUAUGAGCUGCUUUAUUUAUUGUAAGAAUUAAAUCAUGUAAAACUGCAGAAUUAAGGAACAUUAGCAGUCCGGUCUUGCCAAAUAAAAUAGUGCCUUAAUAGUCUUUCCUCAUUCUCCUUCAUACCUCUGGGUUGCUUACUUUGAUUAGCCAUUGCAGAAGUCAUUCAGAUUCAGAGUACACCCAACACUUGCUGCUAUACUUGUAUGUAAAAUCCUUCUUGUCUAUACUGCCAAAACCCUAUUAAAAGGCAGGCAGGAGAACUGCAUGCAAAGGAUGUAUGGAGUGGGAGUAAGUACAAAACUAUCUAAUGCAAUUGCCUGCUUUUGUAAGGGGGAUAAAAGAUGAAAAAUGUUCCCCUAAAAGUUUACAAUAUGAUGAGCUACAGACUGCACCGGUGUUGUGGAUUACAUCCAUGAUUGUUCAGGAAAAAUGUGUUGGGUUGUUUCCCCCCCUAAAUGCUGCUUUUAUGAAAGAUCACUUUGAGAAUUAUUAAGCAUAGGUGGACUAUAGUGAUGGGAGCAAACGUUGCGUUUGAGUUCUAGUGGUAGGUCCAUUCUUCGGCCCUCUAGCUUUACAAGAAUAGCAGUUGGAAGGGACCUUGGAGGUCUUGUAGUCCAGCUCCCUGCUUGAGCAGGAAACCCUAUAGUAUUUCAAACAAAUCCCAAUCUCUCCAGUGUUGGGAGCACCCACAGCUUGGGAGGCAAAUCAUUCCAUUGAUUGUUCUAUCAAGAAAUUUCUUAGUUUUAGGUUGGUUCUCUCCUCAAUUAGUUUCCAUCCUGUUUCUUGUCCUGCCUUCAGGUGCUUUGAAGAAUAGGUUGACACAAACUGAUGCAUAGGCAUCUCCAGUGGGGAGAAGAGGCAAGUGACAAAAAGUAUGUGGUGACACAGGUAUGAAAGGGAAGAACUUGAGAUUAUGUAGUCAUGACAUCUUUUACCAUUUUGGCAUUGUCAUGAUUGUGAAUGAACUCAAACACCACAUAUUUACCAAAAAAAGGCUUUUUAAGUUUUUUUUAAUUUCCCCUUUCCCUAUGCUUAGCCAGGUUAUGUCAUAAAGUGCCAUCAACACUUUUGAUUAAUGGAAGUCUGUAUCCAUUAGAACUUCAUACAAGUUUGGAAAUGAGAACAAUGCAUUUUAGGUAUAUAUAGAUAUAUAUGUUUGACAAUAUAAUAUUCACUGUCACUUGAAAUUCUGUUGUUAGGACAAUUUUGGUAUUUUACCAUAUUGCAAUAAAAUAUUCUUGAAACUG